AUGUCUAGUUCAGUUCCUUAUGACCCAUAUGUCCAACCUGAAUCAAUGUCCAAUGGUGACAAAGCUGCUGCUUUGAAAGCCGAAAUUGACGAUACUGUUGGUAUUAUGAGAGAUAACAUCAACAAAGUAGCAGAACGUGGUGAACGUUUAGGAUCUAUUGAAGAUAAAGCAGACAAUUUGGAAGUUUCUGCACAAGGGUUCAAACGUGGUGCUAACCGUGUAAGAAAAGCCAUGUGGUGGAAGAAUUUAAAGAUGAAAAUGUGUCUUAUAUUCGUCAUUAUCAUCUUGCUGGUGGUUAUCAUUAUUCCAAUUGUCAUUCAUUUCACUUGA